AUGGAUUCAAUGGCUUCUUCUGCAUUCCGCUAUCAAUGGACAUUACUUUUCUUAAUCGCUCUGAGCAGAAUUUCAGAUUGCUAUGAUCCUUUGGAUCCAAAUGGAAAUAUUACGGUUACCUUCGACAUAAAGAAGUAUACAAUUGAUGGCUAUGUGGCAAGAGUAAUGAUCCAAAACUACUACCAGUAUCGUCAUGUAGACAACCCAGGUUGGAAACUAGGAUGGACGUGGGAAAAGAAUGAGGUCAUUUGGUCAAUGUCUGGUGCUUUUUCCGUCCAACAAGGAAAUUGUUCGUCCUUCAAAUUCCAGGUACCACAUUCAUGCAAGAAAGAUCCUGUGAUAGUUGAUCUGAUGCCAGAUGCACAGCCACAAAACAGGACCGAUGGUUGCUGCAGUGGUGGCAUCCUUGCUGCCUGGGCUAUUAACCCUUUGAUGUCAUACUCAUCCUUUGAGGUAACUGUUGGCAAUUUGGAGCAGAAUACUACGGGUUACAGGCCUCUGAAUCUUACUUUGAUGGCUCCGGGACCUGGUUAUACUUGCAGCCAAGUAAUGGACAUAGAUCCCACAGUUUCUUCAGUGAUUGGGGGCAGAAGACAAGAACAAGUUUUCAGAACAUGGAGAUCAACAUGCACGUACUCUAGUUUUUUGGCUAAAAAACCACCAGUUUGUUGUGUUUCACUGUCAACAUUUUACAACCCUACAAUCACAUCAUGCCCUUCAUGCAGCUGUGGCUGUAGAGUUGCUGAUGAGCUGACAACAUCAUGUGUUAGACAAGGUUCGUUCCCAUCAAAUUUGCUUGAUGCUGAGUUAGUUCGAUGCACCAAUCAUAUGUGCCCACUUCGGGUUCACUGGCAUAUUAAGAAAAAUUACGUGGAUCGUUGGAGAGUAAAACUGACAAUCUCUAAUUACAACUACGGGAAAAAUUACUCAGAUUGGAACGUUUUGGUUCAACAUCCAGGAUUUAGCCAGCCUGCCACUACUUAUAGCUUCAACAAUAAGGUGCUUCCAACUUCAGAAGAAGUUGCCCUCUUCUGGGGGAUUUUUUCGUACAACUCUGAACUCGUGCAAGCCGGUGAGAACCAACUGGGAUCAGUGAGUACAGAGAUACUUUUGCAAAAAGAUUCAAAAUCAUUUACACUCAGAAAUGGAUGGGCGCUUCCUAGAAGAAUAUAUUUCAAUGGUGAGAAUUGUCAAAUGCCACUUCCAGAUAACUUCCCAAUGUUACCAAAUGGUAGCCCUAUGACAAAGCCUUCUCAUAGCCAGUUUGUUCUUCUGACUGUGGAGAUUACAGACCCCGGGGAUGAGACCGAAGCCUUUUCCGAUCCACCAUCUGGAUUUGCUCAAGAGUUCAUUUGA